CACAUGAGGUGUUACAGAACUGGUGGUCAGGAGGCAAAAGGGUGAGGGAAUUGAAGUUUCUGGACAAGAAGGCUUGUGGCAAUGCCCAACUCCAGGUCGGGUCUGAGGAGAAAAGGAAGUGCAGCCAUUAACUGGUGUUCAUUUGUUCAUCCACUCGUUCAGCAAAUGCUAAUUGAGUACUUACUGUGAAUCAGCACUGGGGUCCCUGCAGAGGAUUUAACCACAAAGAAGAAAUAAAUGCCUUCAUGUGGUGCUUCCUUUGCUUCCUUUGGCAGCGGCCUGGGUCAGUUGGUGGACCUCGGUUUAGAUGCUAGAAAACUGCAAACUGCAUUCCCAUACUCCUUUGUAGCUAGGAUGUGAGCGAAGUUCUGCCAGUUAGGUGCAUUUGGGCAUGAUUUGCAAACAAAAUUGCUGCUUUCCUUAGUUUCUCUGCUGGUAGCGGGGGUGGGGGGGCAGCAGCAUUGUGGCAUCCGGGCACCAGCUGCUUUCUGAACUCUGAGUCACUUCUAUACUCCUGCCACUGGCAGCCUCCUGAUUCUCCACUUCUCUGACAGAGGCAGUCAUUCUGGGAGCCCCGGUAAUCUUUGCUAGAAACCCAGCCUGGAACGCUUUCUCCAGCCCUUCCAGCAAUUUUGUAAGCACCUGUCCUAAAUAUAUUUCUAGUGAAAAUACCUGGAGUGGUUUCUGUUUUCAGAACCUGACUGACUCCCCUUCUGUUAGCCAAUGUUGUGAAAAUCAUCCCUGGUGACUCAUAUAAGCUUUGUUUGGUAUUUUAAGUAAUUGUAUCAACUGUCCCUUGACUUCCACCAGAGAAAUGAGACAGCUUUUGGCUGCUUUUGUUGUGAAGGUCAGGGUCGGUAUGUACAGAUGUGGAGAUUUUGUGUGUGUAUGGAAAAAGGAGGGGAAAUAUAGUCAUUAAAUUUGGACAUGAAAAAAAAAUUGGAUGUGCUCAUGAAGCACUUUGGAAGAUCGAAGUGGAAGUUUUGGAGAAGACAUAGAUGCCAGUUUAGUCUGGCUAGGGAAGUUCAUGGCUUAAAACAGUGGGGUAAAAUGUAGGCCUGGUAUUUGAAAUCUGGGAAGAAAAAGAAUUGGGUUUGCAUAGCUCCUUUGUCUCUCAGCUGAGUGAAGUGAAGAACUAAGAACUACUCCAUUGGAAAGGAUUGUGAAAGAAAUGAAGAAAGCCAUCAGCAAUGAAGUCACCAGCCUUACGGCUUUCUGUUAAAUGGACUAGAGCUUUAUUCCUGCAGCUCCUUGGAAUGACCCUGCACGAGCUGCCCGCUGUGGUCAUCCAUCAGGUUGAAGAGGCACUUGAUGAAGACGAGAAGGAGAUGCUUCUCUUUUUAUGCCGGGAUGUCGUUGCAGACGUGACUUCACCAAAUGUCAGGGACCUUCUGGAUAUUUUAAGUGAGAGAGGCAAGCUGUCUGCCCUGGGCUUGGCUGAACUGCUCUACAGAGUGAGGCGGUUUGAUUUGCUCAAGCGGCUCUUGAGGAUGGACAAAGUGGCAGUGGAGGCCCACCUGCUCAAGCACCCUCACCUUGUUUCGGACUACAGGGUGCUGAUGACAGAGAUUGGUGAGGAUCUGGAUAAAUCUGACAUAUCCUCAUUAAUUUUUCUCAUGAGGGAUUACACAGGCCGAGGGAGGACAGCCAAGAAUAAGAGUUUCCUGGAACUUGUGGUUGAUUUGGAGAAAUUAAAUCUGGUUGCUCCAGAUCAAUUGGAUUUAUUAGAGAAAUGCCUAAAAAACAUCCACAGAAUAGACCUGAAGACAAAAAUCCAGAAAUACAAGCAGUCUGCUCAGGGAGUGGGAACAAAUUAUGUAAAUGCUCUCCAGGCAACUCUCCCAAACCUGAGUCUCAAGGAUCCAUCAUAUAACUUAGGGCUCCAGAAUGGGAGAAGUAAAGAACAAAGAUUGGUUGCGGAACAGCUUGGCAUUCAAAGAAAACCAAUGAAGACAUCCAUUCAGGAAUCAGGAACAUUUUUGCCUCAGCACAUACCUGAAGAAAGAUACAGGAUGCAGAGCAAGCCCCUAGGCAUCUGCCUGAUAAUCGAUUGCAUUGGCAAUGACACAGAUGUUCUUCGGGACACCUUCACUUCCAUGGGCUUUGAAGUCCAGUAUUUCCUCUAUCUCAAAAUGGAAAGAAUAAUGCACAUUCUCCACCGAGUUGCCCGUAUGCCUCAACACCGAGACUACGACAGCUUUGUGUGUGUCUUGGUGAGCCGAGGAGGCUCCCAGAGCGUAUUUGGUGUGGAUCAGACUCGCUCGGGGUUCCCUUUGGAUCACGUGAGGAGGAUGUUCAUGGGAGAUUCGUGCCCUUCUCUCUUAGGAAAGCCAAAGCUCUUUUUCAUUCAGAACUAUGUGGUGUCAGAGAGCCAGCUGGAGGACAGCAGCCUCCUGGAGGUGGAUGGGCCCGCAACAAACAAUGUGGAAUCUGAGGCCAGGCAGCCCAGGCCCCGCACGCUCCACCGAGAAGCUGACUUCCUCUGGAGCCUGUGCAGAGCAGACGUUUCCCUGCUGGAGAAGAACCCCAGCCCACCAUCGGUGUACCUGCAGUGCCUCUCCCAGAAACUGCGGCAAGAAAGAAAACGGCCUCUCCUGGAUCUCCACAUUGAACUCAACAACAAAGUGUAUGAUUGGAACAGCACAGUUUCGACUAAGGAGAGGUACUUCGUCUUUCUACAGCACACUCUGAGAAAGAAACUCAUCCUCUCUUAUAAAUGAAAAACCAAAAGCCCUUCUCAGCCAAAGGCACUCCAUCCCCACAAGGAGCUUUUUCAAACUGGCUCUAUGUGUGUGUGUGAUGCGGGUGAGGUAAGGCCCUACCUGAUGCUGAAAGGGCCCUCUGUGAGACUGUGUGAUUGGAUUGCUUGAAGUAGAGGUGUCGAGGCGAAGGCUUUGGCCUAUAUAUUGCCAAAAAAGUGGCCAGGCUAGCUUUGGGAGGGAAAAGACGUUGAAACUUUAAAAGCUGAGUAUUGGGCAUCUCGGGCAGUUCAUACUUAUGUUCCUUCUAUCAAAGAACUAACAAGUAAACCAGAGUUGCAGGGAUAAGCAUGUAGAGUAUUUGUAACCACAAAACUAAAUUAGCCUGUGGGUAUCCAUACUCCUUAUUGAAAAGUAAAAUCAAAAUACAAAACUAGGAAAUCAGAACGCAGCAAACACUUUAUCAUCUUACCUAGCAGAAACAACCAGUUAACCAAAACUUUGUCUAUUGUCUGGCAGAUUUUUUUUCUGUACACAGGAUCUGGAUGGGUGGUCUUAUGAUUUGAGGUUGCUUGUCUAUUCAUCUAGGGACUUGUGACACUUACAGCUAAGCAAGUACACCUUUUUUCCUGGGUUUGAUGACAUGACCUAAAAGGAGACUGUAGUUUAAUAUGCCAUUUAAAGUUGGUUUUAACUGUCAUGUGGCACUCUCUCUUUCUCUGUGUAUGUGUAUGUGUGUAUUUUAUCUUGAUCAUGCGACAGAAGCUGAAAAGAGUAAGGAACAGUUUUUAGGCACCAUAAGCAACUAUUCUUACAUUAAAGCUUAUUUUGUAGUUGUUAUUUUAAUGAGUCCAAGAUUCCUGGAGGUAGCUUUUAAUUUAACAUUGCUUAGGGGCACUGUUGUGAAGGAACGUGUGUGCUUGGCCUCCCCUUAUGAGUCAGAACCCCGUGUUACUCACAGAGGGAAACCAGGACGGAUCUUAAUGACUUGGCAGCUUUGGUAGCCUUCCCUGUCGCAUGCACAUGGAAACAGUAAUUUCCAUUUAUUCUCAUUCUUAUCAUUAACAAACACAGCACAUUGCUCUUAAUUUUGGACCCUUACUACUUGUACAAGUAAUGCAUGUCAAAAUGCUAUGGAUAGAAUCUUUGACUCAUCAAAGAUCUGUAAACUAUUGACAAGAGAGUUAUUAUAGUGUUUAUUUAUAUUACUUUGUGGUCUUAUGUAUUCCUGUUAUAGCAUUCAUUUAUAUUUAUAUUUAAAAAUAAAAUAAUAUAGAUUCUUAUAUUUUAAGCCUUGAGUUCUAAAGAUUUCACCUCAUUGUGUGUCUUUUUGUCCUACAUGUGUAUUCAUAUUGUAUCAGCCAGAUACUUUUAGAAGCAUGUGACAGAACACCUAACUCACGAUAAAAAUAUGUUUUGUUUGUUUGCUUAAUCUUAUUGAGCAGGAAGUCUGGAGGUAGGGGCCAGAGGCUGGGUUGGUUAAUUCAUUGGCUCAGCGAUGUCAUCAAGGAUUUGGUAAUUUUCCACCUUCCCUCUCUGUAGCCUCAGCAUUUUGGCCUUUACCUUCAGAUUUGUCAUGAUGGUCACUGGAUGGCCACAGUUCCAAGCAUCACAGCCAAAUGACAAAAGAGAAAACAUCUCUUCCUUGUGUCCCUUCUUAAGAUCAAAAGAGAAACUUCUCCAGAAGCCCUUCUCUCCAAGUGCUGCCUCCUCUCACCUCUUAUUGGCUACAGUCACAUGACUUGUCCAUUCUUAAACCAAGCAUCGGCAAAGGAAACGGAACCACCAUGUUGGCUUAGAUCAAUCUGGAUUCAAUACCCUGGAACUGGGGAGGGGUUUAGCUCCUUCAGGCAUACAGUACCCAAAACCUGAAAUUCUUUUAGCAAGGGAAAAGGGAAAAAUGGAGCUCCCCUUUGGGGUAGUCAACCACAAUAUGUGCCAAAAGAAUGAGAACACCCAUGUUUUGGGUGAAGAAACUGAGACACACAGCCAUGAAGUAGCUAGAAUGUUAACAACCAACCUUAUGAUCUGGUGUUCUUUACAAAUUAGAGGAAACAUUGGAAAUGUUUAGCAUGUAUUCCGGGGAAGAUACGAUUCAUCUCUCUCUGCUGUUUUUGAGAGUCAUUGUCCUACUCUUUCAACCCCUAUCCUCUUCCCUCAGAGAGGCAGCAAGGCCACAUAUCUUGCCUUAUCACAUCUGCUUAGCAUGGUGAAAAUACAGAGCUUGGCAACUCAGCAUCUUUGCUUUCCUUUACUAUCUUUCCCUUCCUUUGCCUUCCCUCUUUUAAAAGCCACAGCCACAGGACCUGUGCCUUCCAGGCUGAUCAAACAGGAGAAAUAAGACCUUGCCUUCCCUUAACUACCUUGCAGGUUUGUUCUGAGGAUGAAAUGAGAGUGUCCUUAUGACCGUGCUUUGGUGAUAAGGCAAAUGUAAGUUGCUGUUAUACCACACUGUGGAGGGGUUACAUUGGAGAGGUUGAACUAAAUCUGGAAGAGUUGGUCAGAUUUUGACACAAUGAGAUGGAAAAGAGUAUGUUGCACGAGAGGAAAGAAAGCAAGUAAAAGAACAGGUAGAAGAAAUGCAGGACAUUUAUUAGAAACUGGGAGUAUAACAUCUAGUUGAAGUGGAGAGAAAGUGGGUAAUAGUGAUGCUUAAUCCUGGAGAUGGCCCUUGAAGGCCCACAUCUUCAUCUUUUAGUCAGUUCUCAUGUAAGUUAUUCUGUAAGUUAUUUUUCUCACUUUAGUGGAGGCUUUGACUCCUUCUUUGAUACUUUUUUAUAUGAGCAAUUUAUUACUAAAUUACUUUCUUAUUCUUUUUUACCAAGUGUAAUUUUAAAAUGAAAUAUUUUAGACAUACUAAAAGAGAAUGAUGUUUAGGUAAUACAAUGAAUACUCAUAUACCCACAAUCUAGCAUAAGUAAAAUGUUCUAAAAUAUAUAUGAAGACCCCUAAGACAUUACUUUAUAUUAAAUAUCCUCACAAAGAAAGAAAGGGACAGAAAGAAAUAUCCCAAAUGUGGCAUGGAUGAUAUUUUUCCUUCUUUUAAUUUUCUAAAUUCUCAUCUAUAUCUAUAUAUACAUUGGGGAAUACUAGUCUCUGCACUAAAGCAUGCUUCUGCCACUAAGAGGUCAGAAUUUGAGGUCAGCCUUGCUGUUCCGGUUUGCUAAUGCUGCAGUUAUGCAAAAUACCAGAAAUGGAUUGUCUUUUAUAAAGGGGAUUUAUUAGGUUACAAAUGACCUAAGUUCUAAGGCCAUAAAAGUGUCCAAACUAAGGCA